GAACGUUUCAUCAUGUUCAUUGUCUGAGUAAGACCAACAGGAUGCUGAUCUCUAUAAACAGAGAAGUUCGGCUUUUCUUCAAGCGCAGAAAGAAGAAAAUUUUGAGGAUUUUGUGUUGUGGACUGGACACGGAAAUUGUGGCUGCAGUGUACAUCUGUGCAUUCCUCAUAGCUGCUUUGGUUCUGGUGAUCUGGCAGAUUACAAGGGACAAAUGUCACACAGAAAAAGUCAAAAAACACUUGUGCCAGGACUACAAGGAUGGCAAGAUUGCAGGGACUUGGUGCCAUGCACUUUGUGUCGAAGAAGAAAUUCAGCUUCACAGUUGCCAUUAUGAAAGUGGUCCAUCACUGACAUUCCAGUAUGAAGAUACAGUUGUUAAGCUACCUCAUUCUUACAAGACCUCUUCACCACAUUCCCAACUCCGAGAACCACUGUCCAUGUCUCAACUUGAAAAAAUGCUACAAGAGCUACUGCAUUCCAAACUAGGACAAGUGGAUGUCACUGGGCUGUUACAAAAAAUCUACAAAUAUGCUGACUUCAACAACAAUGGAAAGCUAACUUAUGGGGAAGCAAAUUCAGUUUGGCAACUUUUGAACAUCCAUGAAUUCUUUAUUCUCUUCAUCUUUGAUGAGGAUCCAAUAUUUCCAUUGAAAAAUGGAACAUGUGGGCCUCUUUAUGCCCAUCAACAUGUUAAAGCAAGCCCUCUUUUUAACAAACACAACAAAACUUUUUUGGAUAACUUUUUCUCUAAUACAUAUCGAUGGAGUUUUCCCACUUGGGAUAGGAGAGUCAAAGUGGCUGUAGGUUUGCUAGAAUAUGGUAUUACAUUUUCUGAGAAGUACAACGCAAAGUUCUACAUGUGUGAUUAUGUUGAACAGUGUUUUGGACACACUUCAUUAUUUGAGGUCAGUUUGGUCUCUUUUGAGAAUAUUAUGUCAGAAUUUAUGAUAGGAAAUAUAUUAAGCCAAAAGGAAUGCUCAAAAGACUCGCAUUGUCAAUAUCAGAAUUUGUGUCACUCAUUGUGCAAUAAACAAACAGGAAAAUGUACAAGCGACGUUAUGGAACCUUCUCAUACAUCUAUAUGUGAAGUUCUGAGAGAUUAUGUUUUAUUUGAUGCGCCAGCCCAUGUGAAGACCAAAUUGAAUGACUUGCUGAAAAAAUGUGAUCGAUCAGGGCAAAAAAUUGACAAAACAGGGAACAGUAUGGAAGUCAAUCAACAUUAUGUCAGAUACAACACCAUUUUGAUUGAUAUCCAAGCCUUGCUAUGGGAUGAAAUAAAAAAUAAACCACCCAACUGGCUCCACCCACCUAAGCCUAAGAAGAAGCCAAAACAAAACCCAAAGUUUACUGGGAAGUAGAGCAUAAACAAGGUCCUUAAAGUUCAGUUUUGUGUUUAAUUACAUU